AUGAACUUCCCAGUGCCGUGGAGAUGCCUCCUUCCUCACGAGGCGGUUGACUUUGUCACCUACAACAACAAUGAGAUCCUGACCCAGCUGUCCAACAGCACCGGCGCCAUGAUUGACGUUUCUGGUGAUCGGGACACACCCAAGCGCCUGAGUGAUCGUAUCAUAACAAUCAGUGGGCAGGCAGACCAGAAGGAGCGCGCUUGUCUAGGAAUCGUGGAGAAGCUGAGAAAGCUACAGGAUUUGCUGGACAGUGAGAUUGGGUUCUUUGUCAUAAUAGUGCCAGCGACCGCAAUCCCAGUCAUUGUGGGAAUCAAGGGUGCAACUAUUGCAGAGGUUCUUGCAGGGACCGGGGUUGAGAUUAGCAUUGGCAAAGAAAACGUCAUGGGUAUGCCAGACACGCCAAUAGGCCUGGAGGGAACUGCAGCGCAGGUGACUCUCGCCGUGGGCAACAUCCACAAAGUGAUCCAGGACAUGGCCGAUCGGGGAAGACUGCUGCCAGCGGACUUCAAGUACAGGCCCGAAAAAGCUGCUGCGCAGCUGGCAGCUGGCGCUGGGGCGUAUUUGCCUGAAGUCAGCUUGCCGCCGGCAGACCAUGACAUCUUCUAUGGCAUGGACCCCACGCAAAACUUCCGCACCAAGGCCAAGAUUGUGGUGGACACGGGCCUGGCAGGUGGCACCUUCACGGACGCGGUGCUGGAGGAUGGGGAGGAAGUGGUCCAGAGAUUUCCGGUGAAGGUCCUCACCACGGCCCUGGCUCCGGCGAAGGGCCUGGUGGCGGCUGCUCUGAAGGCCCUCGAAGCCGGACACCGGGAAGCGCGGCAGGUGAGACUGGUGCUGCACGGCACGACCCUGGCAACCAAUGCUCUGCUUGAGAGAAAGGGCGCCAGAGCCGCUCUGAUCACCACCCGAGGCUUUCGGGACUUGUUGGAGAUGGGAAGGGGCGGGCUGCAUGAUAGAUACAACCUGGAGGCUCGAUGCACUCCACCGCUGAUUCCAAGGUCUCUUUGCUUUGAAGUGGCCCAGCGAACCCUGCCGGAUGGAUCUGAACUGGAGCCAGUGGAUGAGGCCGAAGUGGAAGCCCUGGCUGACAGCGUUUAUUUUUGCACAUCCAGCGGCGUCAGCCCUGAAAUUCGGGAGUUUGAGCGCUUCAGCACAGCAGCAGCCAACGCCUACGUCCAGCCUUUGAUGUCGUCUUACUUGAAGGAAGCUCAGAAAGUGCUGAUUGAGAACGGGUUCGCGUGCCCCCUGUUGCUUAUGACAUCUGGUGGUGGACUAAUGGAUGCAGACACGGCCGCCAUGUUUCCAGUUCGCUUAAUCGAGUCUGGUCCAGCCGGCGGCGCGGUCUUGGCGGAGAAUGUGGCAAGGGAGGCCCAGGCUGAGGCGGUUCUUUCGCUGGACAUGGGGGGCACCACGGCAAAGCUAUGCGCAAUCUCCAGAGGAAGAGCAGGCGUGACUCGAAAGUUUGAAGUGGACCGCGCAGAUCUUUUCAAGAAGAACUCUGGUCUUCCGGUGCAGAUUCCAUGCAUUGAUUUGGUGGAAAUUAGUGGUGGGGGCGGCAGCAUCGCAUCUAUCAGCGCGGUGGGAAAUGUGAAAGUGGGGCCGCAGUCGGCUGGAUCAAACCCUGGCCCCGCGUGCUAUGACCGGGGCGGCACACUUCCAACGGUCACGGACGCCGACCUGGUCCUGGGCCGCUUGGAGCCAGGCUCCUUGGCGAAGGGCGAGGUGAAGCUGAAGCCGUGCAGAGCGAGAGCUGCUCUGCAAGGCUUGGCCCAGUCUCUGGAGGUCUCAGUGGAAGAGGCCGCUCAAUGUGUGGCAGAAGGUGUGGAAGAUUCGUUGGCAGCUGCAGCGCAGGCGGUGGCUUUGGAGCACGGCUUAGACCUGCCGCGCAGCGUCUUGGUGGCAUUCGGAGGCGCCGCGCCCUUGAGGGCUGCCCACUUGGCCGAGCGCCUGGGCAUCCGAAGCGUGGUGAUCCCUCCGGACGCUAGCGUGGGCAGCGCCAUUGGCUUCUUCUCCGCGCCUUUGGCCUUCGAAGCUCUCAAAAGCUGUCGUAUGCCAUUGAGCUGCUUCGACCCCGCCAAGGUCAACGCGGUCUUUCGCCAGCUCUGGCACAAGACGGUGUCGGUGGUGGCUGCAGGUGCUGCCCGCUGGAAGCCGGGGCGCCCCCCCAAGGAGCGGCGCCGGGCCUAUGCCCGGUACGUGGGGCAGGGCCAUGAAAUUGCUAUCGGCUUGCCCAACCGGGACUUGGAGUCGAAUGACCCAGAGAUGCUCAAGCAAGAGUUCGAAACAGAAUAUGCACGGCUUGGCUUCAUUUGUUUGAAUGAGGAGAUUGAAUUCCGUGCGUUUGCUUUGGAGGUGGUUGCUGAUGCUGACCCUCUGGCAUGGCCACAAGAGCGAUAUAGAGCGAAGAGCAAGCCUGCAGAAACGUCGAUGCUGUCUCAUGCUGAGCACGAAGCAUUGGCACAGCCAAGUGGGAAGAGGCCUGCACACAAUGAUCAGUCGGAAGAAGCCUGGCAUUUCACCUACGAACGCAUGAACCUGCGAGUUGGCGAGCUUGUGCGCGGCCCAGCAUCCAUCACUGAGCCCUACACUACCACAAGCGUAACAGACUCCUUCAACUGUUGGCUGCUCAGCAAUGGCUUUCUGCAACUGCAGGCUCGCGCGAACGUUGCCGAAAGAACGACUCGGCAGAAUGGCCUUUGGUUGGGAGUACAGGGGCCGUGUAUUGAAAACCGCUUGGCUUGGGCACGACUACUGGCAAUCAUGGAAGACCAGGCACACUUUGUGCUCAGGAGCGCAUUUUGCCCCCUCAUUCGCGAAUCGGGAGCGGUGCUGUGUGGGGCCUUGAGCGUGUCGGGGCAGUUGAUUGCACAAAGCGAGCUGUCUUGCCCCAGCUUGACAGGCUCAUUGCUGCACGCAGCAACCGGUCACCUGCAAGAACUUCAAAGUUUGGCUCCUGAUCACUGUUUUGUGAACGUCAAUCCUGGCGCCUGCAGAAGCCAAGCUGACAUCAUGGUGGUGUCUCCGGUUCACAGUGAGGGACGCCUCAUGGCCUACGUCGCCGCAGUGGCGCGAACCACCCACCUGCCGAGCCGCGCUGCGACCAUCAGCCGCGGUGCGAUAUCCCAACUGGGCGAAGCUGCGCGGGACAUCGCUGCUCUCGUUGCCUCCUGCGACUUGGCCAGGCGCCGGCUUCUGGCACUCCUGGCAGAGAAGCACCUGACAGUCCAAAGCUUCAGCGAGUACAUCCUGAAAGAGUCGCAGCAGGCGCUUCUCAAAAAUAUGCAGGGACUGCAAGGCAAGGACUACAAAUCCAGCCGGAACAUCAAGAUCCGCGAAGGCUUGACGUAUGAAGUAAAGCUCACAUCCUGCAUCCGCCUAUGUGAUACGCAUCGCCUGAGUAUCUGCUUGUCUGCCGACGGGCAGAGCUCAAAAGCACCUACAAGAAAGCUAACACGUCCCAGGGGAUCGCCUGCUUACGUGGCGACAUCCUUUGCCAGGUUUGCCUGCAUGGCAAUCCUGGGGAGAGAUGUUCCUGUCAACAGCGGAUCAUGGGACACAUUAUGCGUUGAGGUUGAGACUGGCUCCCUUCUGGAUGCAGCACCAGCGGAUGCUGCAUCUGAUCCGGCGCAGCUCGCAUAUUUUUUGCCGGACUUGAUUUUUGAUUGUUUGGCAGUCCCACUGCAAGAGCGGAUCCCGGCAGAGAGUUCCGCAUGCUCACCUGGGGUUCAGUGGAGAUCUGACGACCUCCAGUCCCAGAUGAUCCUCAACCAAGGCGGAGGUAUGGGUGCUCAUAUGACCAAAGAUGGGACUUCUACAUUGUUCCCGAGCGGCAUUCAAUCCAUUCCCGUGGAGAUUGCUGAGAUGGCUGGUGCCGUGCUGUUUAAGUGCAAGGAGCUCAUUUCGGACUCGGCUGGAGCGGGUCAAAGUCGCGGGGGCAUGGGUGUACGCUGGCAGCUUGAAGCGAGGCAGGCCAUGGUGGCUGAAGUGACUGCCUGCCGUGAUGGCCCGGUGGGCAGGCAAGGGGGAGGCAACGGCACGCCAUCGGCCUUGCAACUCAAGCGCAAAGGGGAUGGAUUGGAAAGCGACAUGAGCUAUGCCAUGAACCCUGGGGAUGUGCUGCAGCUGGAAACCGCCGGCGGGGGCGGAUUUGGACCUCCAGUGAAGCGUCGCCGUGAAGCUGUUCUGCAUGACGUGCGAGAAGGCUACAUCUCUAAGGCCAGGGCUAUUAGCGAUUAUGGCCUCUCCAACUCGGAUCUAGAGAAGCAAAGUGACUUGCAGAACGAGUGA